UCCCAAAUCGGCCCAGAGAAACGGAUAUAGAGAGGGAGAGGAGGAGCGGAUUUCUCUCCUCGCAGUCUCGCAUGGCGUUUCGCGAGAGGGAGGAGAGAGAGAGAGAGAGGAGAGAGAGAGAGAGAGGAGAGAGGGGGUAGCCAUUAAUCUGCUCAUGGAGGGGAGGAGCAGCAGGAGCUCCGUUUUCCCUCUUGUUCCCCCUUCUGCACAUUCCAAGAAAAGAGCAAUCUUUCUCUGUCCCCUGGUUUGGCUGGAACAAUGGCAGAGGGCAAGAGGUUCGAUAAACAGAGCCCAGGCUGCCUCGAAGGCCUGUUCAACUUCCUUGCCCUCAACCAGCGGCUGCAAAUGCCGAAGAUGAUUGCGUACCGAAAACACAAUGAAGGAAGUAGCAAUACACUCAGAGUAAAAGUUCCAAAACCCAAAAACCGCUCGGAAAAAGAUGAGUCUGUUCUGAACGGGGCUAACAAUGCUUCUCCAACAGCAAAGGUGGGCACAUUUAUAUGGAGGACACUCAUGUUCAAGAAAAGAACACUCAGAAAAGAUCAAAAGAAGAGCGAGUCGCCAGCCAGCUCCCCAUCAUCAUCACGUUUGAUGCGCUCCCAAUCUAUCCAUCAUUCAAAAUGUUUCAAUUAUGUGGUUCCAGAUGAGCUGGCUUCCCAUUACCAUAGCAUGAUUGAAUCGAGCUCCAAUGAGGUGGGUUCAUGUCACAGUGCACCACCAUUGUUGCAGGAUAGCCCUAAAGGUCCUAUUGUUCAAGAGCCGUGCAGAUCUUCUAGUAGCAAACAUAGUUUGCAUGCAGAAGCACCCUGUGAGACCGUACCUCUGAGCAGCAAUGAUGAAACUGAAGCCUCCUCUAAGCAGAAGAGCCGUGAUGCUGCAAGUCAUCAUUCAAAGGAGUUCAUGGAUUUCCUUGAACUGUUCAAUGCACACAGGGAGCUAUUUCUCAAAAUUCUCCAUGAUCCUUCAUUAUUAGCACCAUUGGAAAACCAAGAUCAAGAAGCUUCCUCCAGCGGCGCGGUGCCACUGAAUAAAGCAGAAUUGUUCUCAAGGCCAGGAGGAUCAUCAGGGAAACGUAACCCUAUAUUUGAUCGGAAUGACAGUGAGAACAACAGAAAGUCAGAAAUCCAAAAGUCACCGUCUAGGUCGAAAUCUGACAUUGAAACUGCUAAAGUUAUUGGUACAAGAAUGCCUGGUGGUGUUGAUGGCUCAUCAAUUUCGCUCACAGAAUCAAAAAGCCUGAGAAAAUCUGGAAGCACAUCAAAUCGUUUUAAAGCUAUCCGAAAGAAGAUUAAAGAUGCUGUAAAGGAGAACCGGAAAGAGAUUGCUCGGAUUACCAAGGAUGGAGUUUUUCAUAAACUGCCAUAUGGACAAAAGGUGGCUGGGUUCAUGAAGAGCCCCUCCACAGAGAAGUAUGUACAGGAAGAUAAACGAAUGCGAAGAUCAUAUUCAAUUGCAGAAUCAAUAGACAAGUACUCAACACUUUAUGAGUCGAUAUCAAAGGACUCCAAAAUUUCUCCAGAAAGACCAAGUACGGCGUUUGAAGGUGAUGCAAGUUCAAAAGACAAGAAGCCACCACUUCCUAUGAAAAGAAUAACUUCUCUCCCGGAAAUGAGAUUAUAUUCACCUCAACGAGAGGUUUUACCUGAAGUUUCAGAUUCCCAGAUUGUGGCCACGGUUUAUAAUCUGGAAUCUGGUUGCUUCUCUUCACAUCAAACUGAUUCCUUCAGCAUCUGUACAGAAGGAAAUUUCUACCCUGAUGAUAUUACAGAAAGAGCAGGAGAUAUUUAUAGUGAACAUAAUUAUGGAGAAAGUGCUUUACUUGGCUCCCUGGAAGAGGAUUUACGCAGUAUGCUUCGAAGUCCAAGUUUACCUUCUUUUGCUCAAUCAUUCUCCCAUCGUCGCAUCAAUAGUUUACCUUCUUUCGAUCGUUCAUUCUUCCAAGAUCGUGUCACUAGUUUUACCGAGCAUUCUGUAGCAGAUUCAGAGCCAACAUUUGAAAAUAUGCAGCUUGAGGAUGACGACUGGUUGGUCAAGCCACCUCAUCCUCCAGGACCGUAUGCUUCUAGUCUCAAGGAUGAUGAGUGGUUGGUUAGGCCACUGCAAUCCUCAGGUGUUAACACUGCUGAUCAUGAGGAUGAAGAGUGGUUAGUCAGUACAACGCAGCUGUCUGGUGGUAACGCUGCUGAUUUCGAGGAUGAAGAGUGGCUGGUCAAGCCAGUGCAGCCAUCGAAUACUGAUGCUUUGAAUUCAGAGUUCCAGUUUAUACAUGAGUUUGCUGAAGAUUUGGGUUCCUUGCACAUUUAUGUCAAUGACAAGAAUGAGGCUGAUUUCCAGUAUGUGAAGGACAUACUUAAAAAAUCUGGAUUCGGCUGCGGGGAGGCUGACUGGUAUGCUGCCAACCAACCUGUCAGCCCAGUGAUAUUCGAGGAGGCAGAGUUUUCAUGUCAGGAAAUAGACAUGGCCAACGAUGAACCCCACAGUGUUGUCAGGCGCAUGCUUCUGUUUGAUCUCAUCAACGAAGUCCUGAUGGGCAUCUAUGAUUCUUCCCUAGUCACCGGUCCAUGGCACUCGCGCUUCGACUCGCGCACAAGGCCGAUACCGAUGGGCUCCCAUGUCCUUGAGGAGGUGUGGGCAAAUGUGAGCUCCUACCUGAGCCUGCAAUGGAAGCCAGGCCUGACAGUGGAGGACAUUGUGGCACAUGAUGUCAUGAUGAAGGACAGUUGGAUGAACCUUGUCUAUGAUGCUGAAUGUCUUGCUCUGGACCUGGAGGACAUGGUGGUGGAUGACCUUCUGGAUGACAUUGUUCUUCAGAUAGUCUUGAUUUCUAUUGACGCGUAAUGCAGAUCGGUACCAUGAUCCUGAAAUUUUAUUUUUAUUUUUCCCCUUAUCAGAGAGAUAGCACUGUGUGAAUCAGUGAGUGCACUUCUUGUGCAGAUCAUUAUACUAGAAAUGUAGUCAUGGCAAAUGUAGCACAACAUAGAUAUUAGCAGAAUAUAGGUAUUGCUAGACAUAGAAAGUAGAAGAGACAGGAAGUAGCUAGCAGAUCCCUGAUGAGUGUAACAUUUGACAGGCAAAUCUUUCCAGUAUGCUUAAUUUGGUGUACUGCUUCUAUUAUAUACCUUCAAUAUGUGAAAAAGAAAACAUAAUAAUUUCUCUAUAGUCAA